AUGGAUUCAAGUGAGAAUCUAAAACGUCAGGCGAACAAAGCCCUUGUAACAGCGAUCGCUUCUUCUUCUUCUGGUCAAGUUUUUAACCGCCGGCGGAUGCACUUCCAGUCCCGUGUAUCCACAACUACCGUCCAUGAACUUCUCUUCGUUGACGACUGCGCACUCAUCACCACCUCAAAAGGGGACAUGCAAAGGAGCAUGGAUCUCUUCGUCGCCGCCUUCGUCGAUUUUGGCCUAAUCAUAAACACGGAGAAGACGGUGGUUAUGCAUCAACCGCCACCCGAAGCUGCCUACAACUCAUCCCAAAUCGACGUGAACGGCACUCAACUGCAAGUCAUGGACAACUUCACAUACCCGGGCAGCACCCCCUCCAGCAACACCAAGAUCAACAUUGAAGCGGCCCGCAGGAUUUAUAAAGCUAGCCAAGCCUUCGGCCGUCUGCAAAGCACAGUUUGGAAUCGACGCGGUCUCCACAUCAGCGACAAAUUGAAGAUGUACAAAGCGGUCAUCCUGCCGACACUGCUGUACGGAUCUGAGACCUGGACGUUGAACAAGAAACAGGCGCGAAGACUCCAUCACUUCCACUUUAGAUUUCUACGACGGAUACUGGGACUGAGGUGGCAAGACCGGAUCCCGGACACGGAUGUACUGGCGUGGACAAGAAACCGCAGCAUCUAUGCUAUGCUGAGACAGCUGUAA